CAAACCCGAUGCGGCCGUUCGUUCAAUCACUCCAUGGCCGAGACCUCCGAUUGCUAGAGAGCAUCGUUCGCCCAAGGCCGCUCCUGAUACCUCACAGUCAGCAUCGAGAGACCAUAAAACCUACCGUCAAGCCAUGGCGCCUUGGUCAAGAUCAGCGGAGAGGAGCAAAAUCGGUGUCAAGGAGGAAGGUGAAAGAGCUACAACAAGGCACGAUCCAGGCUGAGGCUCUCCCCGACCUACCCGCCGAUGAUGAGCCCCAGUAUCCGACGGUGCUCCAGGGUGCCAAGUCCAACAUGGCCAAGUUCGACAACUGCGUCCUGCUCACGAGGGUCGGCAAUUUCUAUGAAUUGUACUUCGAGCAGGCGGAAGAAUACGGGCCUCUCCUCAAUCUCAAGGUCGGCCACAAGCAGACCAAGCUUGGUCCCGUUGCAAUGGCUGGCUUUCCCUUUUUUCAGUUGGACAGGUUCUUGAAAAUGCUUGUGCAAGAUCUCAACAAAUAUGUUGCUAUAUGCGAAGAAUUUUUGAUCCAGGUCUCUGGCAAGGUCAAAUCUGGUGGCCUCAAGCACGACCGUCGUGUGACAAGAGUGAUUACCCCGGGUACACUGAUUGAUGAGAAGUUCCUGGACCCAUACGAGUACAACUUCCUGCUAUCGAUUAACCCGGACCCUGUCGUGAUCGAACCAAGCAGUGGUAGCACCUCCGAAGCUUCAGACCCCGAGCGCGAGCAGAAGAUCGGUCUUGCUUGGUUGGAUUUAUCUACAGGUGAUUUCUACACGCAGACCACAGGUCGCGGCUCAUUGUCGUCGGCGUUGACUAGAAUUGACCCGCGCGAGAUCGUUAUGCCCUCUGACAUCUCCGAGGAAAUUCGCGAUGAGGUGCAGAAAAUCGUUGGGCAUGACCAUCGACUUCUUACGUUGCACAAGACGGAGAGCGACUUUGUUUCCAUGACCGAAUGGAACCAGAUGCUCGAGUCCCCUGUGGCUAUAGGUUCAGACGAGAUUUUCAGCACAGCAGAAAAAUGUGCUGGGCACCGACUCUUGGACUAUGUCCGCCACCGCCUCCAAGGUGUACAGCUUCGUUUGCAACCUCCACGUCAACGGGAACUCCAGGCUAUCUUGAACAUCGAUCGUAACAGUCUAAGGGGCCUGGAGAUCUUGGAAACUGCACGAGACGGCCUUGGGAAAGGAAGCUUGUUCCAUGCUGUCAAGAGGACUUCAACUAAAAGUGGUGCUCGCCUUCUCCGAGACCGCCUCACAUCUCCAUCAGCUUCCCUGAGUGAAAUCAAUGAUCGACUUGACCUAGUGUCGGUAUUCGUCGAGAACGAGGAACUCACGGAGUCUUUAAUCUUUCGACUUCGACGAACAUUCGAUGUCCAACGUAUCGUUCAGAAAUUUGCACUGAACAAAGGAGAUGCUGACGACAUGCUAUCGCUAGCGAGCGCUAUCGCCGAGACCGUCGCAACGAAUGAUCUUCUGCAGUCAUUAGAGCAAGACUUGAACGUUGCAGAAACCAAUGGCUUGGAUCAAGCGAAUGUCGUACUACCUCUCCGAAAGCUUUUGCGACGUUUUGAAUUGCAAGGUCCGGCUGAGCUUCAGGCUCUGAUAUCUUCUGCCAUUGACGAGCAAGGUCUCAUGCAAAAGCAUCGCCUUGAAGAAGACGAAGCGGCAAGUGUAGCAGCCAUGGCACAUGAUGUCGUUCUGCAGAGUGCUCCAGAAGAACUGGAGUUGUUGCCUAAAGCCGUGAGAACACGGACCAAGUCGGAAGACCAGAAGAAGGAUGAGAUUGAACUCGAGGAACCAUGGAUAAUGCGUCGCAAUGCCAGCGAAGCGUUGCUUCGGCUACAUGAAGACCUGGACUCCCUGCAAACAGAGAAAGUCAGCCUGGCGAAUAGACUGCGAGAGGAAUUAUCUGCGCCGACUUUGAUCCUCAAGUCCACACCUGGCCUCGGCCACAUUUGCCAUAUCCGCAGCGCUACAGGCUUCAAUCGAGAGAAGUUGGAAUCGCUCCACGCCAAAAUGGUCUCAUCUUCAAAAAGUACUCGCUCCUUCUAUCUGAGUGACUGGACACGGCUGGGCCGUCGAAUCGAUCAAGCGGUUCUCAACAUCCGAGAUGAAGAAAAAAGAAUCUUUGCAACACUGAGGGAGCUUGUCAUCAAGAACCUGGUGACACUACGGCGCAAUGCGGCAGUCAUGGACGAACUAGAUGUCGCAAGUGGCUUUUCUCUCCUCGCGAGGGAGCAAUCAUGGGUUCGACCUAUCCUGAACAAUGGGACGGAGCACAAAGUCAUCGGGGGCCGGCACCCUACCGUCAAGGAAGGACUGGAAGAGCAAGGCAGGUCUUUUGUCAGCAACAAUCUCGUCCUGGACCAGAACGAGCGAAUAUGGCUGGUAACAGGGCCCAACAUGGGGGGAAAGAGCACAUUUCUCCGACAAAAUGCUCUGCUUACAAUCCUUGCUCAGGCGGGCUCGUACGUGCCAGCUGUCCAUGCUGAGAUCGGGCUUGUCGACCAGAUUUUCAGCCGGAUAGGAGCUGCGGAUGACUUAUUUCGAGAUCAAUCUACCUUCAUGGUGGAGAUGCUGGAGACCGCAGCCAUUUUGAAGCACGCCACACCGAAGUCAUUUGUGAUCAUGGACGAAGUAGGGAGGGGCACGACUCCUGAAGACGGUACGGCUGUUGGGUACGCGAGUUUGUAUCACCUGUAUCAUAUCAACAAGUGCCGGACACUUUUCGCAACCCAUUUUCAUGCCCUUGCAGACAUGACACGGAGCUGGUCAAAACUUGGCUGCUACUGUACUGAUGUGCUUGAGGACGAGCAUGGAUCAUUCAUGUUUUUGCACCGAUUGAAGAAGGGCAUCAAUAGACACUCCCAUGCGUUGAAGGUUGCAAAAUUGGCGGGACUGCCUCCAGCAGCACUCAAAAUUGCAGAAGAUGUUCUGCGACAGAUCACGGCGGCUAAGGGUAAGGUACAAGAACUGCCUCCAGCAGAUGUAGCAGAAGAAAGGGAAAAGACCUUGAUGGCUGCGACUGGAUGACCAUCGAUAUGAAUUCCUCAUUCAUCUGGGAAUCUUGGAGGCUGUUGAAUCUCACCUGGUGCCGGUUUUGAUGUUGCAACCGUGCGACAGUUCUUACAUGUCCGGGCGUCCAUAUCAUUCUCAAACGCCAGCACACCUUCCUUGAUCUGCGUGCCCAAGUCUGUGAGGUGAAAGCUUGCCUCAUGAACAACGUUAUGACAAUUUUUGCAAUACCACCUCAGCGUGUCAACAGAGUCUUCCGGUCGAGGUUGUUCCAGUACAACACCCACGGUAUCCGCGAAUCGGACAGGGUUAUGAGGGGUGUUGGGGGGUAGGAGGAACAUCGAGUUCUCGUGGAUGGGAAUGUCAACGGGCGUGUGUGGUGUGGUUGAGGUGUCCAUGGUCUUCAGCAGCAUGGAGCCUUUAUGCUGGUAAAAGAACUCGGGUGUAGUGUUGAUGUGGUAGUCUGUUCGAGCAUUUGGGCCACCCACAACCAUGACAGUCAGACCACCGGUAGAGGCCGAGGGGGCAUAGACGCAGUAGUUGUUGAUGGGUGGCUUGAGGAGAUGCGAGUUGUCCUUGAGCCUGGAAAACGAGUCAGCGGGGGUCGGGACAAUGUUAGAACUACUGAAAUGUUCUUGGUACCAUUUAGGGAGAUUCAACGCGGCAGCCAUGGUGGAUUGGCUUCUAGAUGGGAACUGCGUCAGUCUGAGGUGGAAUGGAUGUUUGCGCAAUGUUGUAGCAGCAGCGAAAGGCCUGACUUGUGUACAGCGGACUGG